AUGAAUAAAAAAUUAUUUGCUUUUAUAGUAGUUUUAUGCUUCAUAGAAGUGGUUUUUUCUAAUCCAUGUCCUUAUUGUACAUAUAGCUAGAAUGGUUUUGACACUUAGGGCCCAUGUACCAAAUGCCCUGAUGGAUCAUGUACACGUUAUACUUCAACCGCUUCAAAUACUUCAUCAAUAUGUAACUGUAAACCAUGUCCUAAAGGAUCAUAUAGCGCUUCAGGUUUUGAUAUAGACGGAUAAGGAAGUCAUUGUGUACCUUGUGCUGUAGGUAAAACAACUUCUAGUACUGCAACUAUAGGAACAGAUUAAUCUGUUUGUACUGUUACUCUUGGUGCAUGUCCUAAAGGUACCUAUUCUUUUACAGGAUAUGAUACAGAUGGAUCUGGAACAGGAUGCACGUCUUGUCCUCCAGGUAAAUCAACUCCUAAUACUAAAACUGCAGGAGAUUUAACUUUUUGUACUCUUAAGGCUUGUAAUAAAGGUAAAUAUUCUGACUCAGGAUUUGAUACAAACGGAUCUGGAGCUGGAUGUACUGAUUGUACUGCAGGUACAUCAACUCCUAAUACUUAAACUAUAGGAACAGAUAAAACUGUUUGCAUUCUUAAGUCCUGUCCUGCUGGCUCAUAUAGUGUAUCAUCAUUUGAUACAGAUGGUAAUGGAACAGGUUGUAAUAAAUGUGCUGUUAAUACUUUCUCUGCUUAAGGUUCUACUUCUUGCACUUCUUGUACUAAUAAUCGUACCUCUCCAGCUGGGUCUACUGCUGUAACUGCUUGUGUAUGCCCAUAAGGAACAUCUGGUCCUACAGAUGGUGUCAGUUCAUGUUCCACUACUAGUGGCUCAAUAAACACUCUUUUUAUAUCACUCAUUUUUAUUUUAAUAUCUUUAUUUUGA